GCUUUUUGGGGUUAGCCCAAACGAGUGCCAACGACGUGUGGACGAGCCAAGCAGCAAUGCAGCAAGACAGAGAACCCGAAAGACCUCCACAACAAGCUACCUCCACAUAAAAAGAAGGCGAGCCAAGUACUAGAACAUACCUGGCAGAACAACAACAGCAUUGCAUCUUCUUGGCCGAAUCGAAACUUUUCGAAACUUUUCGAAAGGGCAAGAUGUCCAUUUUUUCCAGUGGCGAUCCUUUGAAUGCGAUUGUCUGUGAUGUGGGUCAGUACGCCACGAAGAUUGGCUUUGCGGGGGAGGAUUAUCCUCGGGCCUAUUUCCGGUCGAAUGUGGCUGCCAUUCGAGAAGGUGACGAUCCGAAUGCUCCCAAGACCAAGACCACUACAACCACCAGCAGUAACGACGACCAGAAGCAGAAGGAGAAGCGUCGACCAAUUGUGGAUUUGAAUUAUGAUUACUAUAAUCGUCCCAUUUGCAGCCGUGCGUCUGAUCCCAAAGAGUGGCACGAUGGAAAUUGGGAAACACAAAAUCCUGUGGAUGCCACUACUGGAUUGUGGUACGAUCCCCACAGCUACAACGAAAGUAGUGGUGGAGGAGCCGACUGGUAUGAUCAAUUGGAAUUGAUGGUACAACACGGCUACAAGACUUCCCUCGCCAAUGCUCAACCGGAAAAUCAUCCCUUUUUGCUCAUGGAAAAAUCCUACAAUCCACCUCCCAUACGACAACAAACACUGGAGUGUCUCUUUGAAGGAGCACUGCAAAUGCCGGCCGUGUUCUUGGCCAAGGAUGCCACCUUGGCGUGUUAUGCCUGUGGACGCACUACUGGGACGGUGGUCGAUAUGGGAUACGGUGGCACCACUGUGACACCUGUCUAUGAGGGAUACGUCGAAACCAAAGGCAUUCAUCGGAGUCCUGUUGGAAUGCUGGAAAUGGAUGAACGCAUCCUCCAAACACUUGAUCAUUUUGGAAGCAAACAAAAACAACCACCCUUCCUGCCACUCUAUCAAGUCAAACACAAUAAAUCCACACCCCGGCGAGCCGAUCCAUUUCAUCAUCUCGCACGAUUGUAUGUGGCACAAGGGUGUCGCGAAGAAGGAGUGGGGGCGGCCGUCGAUACCACUUCUACGGCCGUCGCCUUUGCCGCACGCAAUGCACCCUUUACAUUGCCCGAUGGACAAACCGUAAACAUUCCACCCAAUCAUCGAUUUGCCGUUGCCAAUCUACUUCUUGACAAGGACGAACAGGAGCGUAGAGAUGAAAUUGUGGAAGCACGCAAAAAGAAAUUAUCCUCCUACAUCAAUGAUGCCAAUGCAAAUAGUGACAAUGACAAGGAAACAAAAGUCUUUACAGAUGCGUCUGCUGUCGGGAUUUCCUCCACCCGCCGUGGUCGGAAACGGCAAGCAUCUUCCCCGAAAAAAGAAACUCCCCAACCAAAAACUUCUUUUUCCAAUCGACUCUUGCAAAAGGCAUGCAUUCCCUAUUUGCAAACGUACUUGGAGGAACACUUGACAGCAUCGCCCUUGCCCGCCAUGGUGUGCGAUGCAGCCUAUCGAUGCGAUCGAGAUCAGCAACCCCAAUUGUUAGGAAAUGUCGUGCUGGCAGGUGGAGGAGCCUGUUUGGGUCCCACCGAACAGGCUGUACCUGAUUUUUUGCGGGAGAAGGUCGAAACCAUGAUUCAUGCCCAUACACCUGGGUGGAGGGUCAAAGUGUUGUCACCUGGCAUAACCGAACGGAAGGUUUGUAGUUGGCUCGGGGGCAGUAUCCUGGGGAGUCUCGGAACCUUUCACGAAAUGUGGAUUACCCGGGCUGAAUACGAAGAGUACGGUACCGCCAUUGUCAAUCGAAAGUGUCCAUGAAGUUUUAGUUGAAUCUUUCGAACAAUUGGCUUUUUAGAAAUAGUACUGUUAUGGAUUGUGUUUUUAAUUUCGUCUCCAAAGAGACAAGGGGGUACUGGUACAGUUGGGGGGCAAGGUGGUGCUUUCGAGCUCCCGCUAUCUCUGCACGGACCUAGAGCUAGAGAUUG